GUAUCUCUAUUGGUUUUUCAACCGUCAAGGUCAAGCCAGGAUAUCCGACUGAUUGAAUUUGAUGGUUUGAUAUGGCGUAAGAGUAUUUCUUUGACGGCCAUACUCAUUUUUUAGACGGUUGGUUAUGCUUUGCUUGAUGUUUUUUCUGUCUACUUAACGACGAAGUUGCAUUGGAACAACAAAAGCUUAUCAUCAGUUGCUUCUCUUAGUACAACACUUAUUUUAACAUCAUCUUGGUAACUUCGGAUACAUUCUGAAUGGUUAAGAUGUAGAAUACAUUUUAGAUGUUCUUUAAGCCGCAAUUUAUUACUCUUGACUCCUAAAUAUACGCGAUCUCCACAUUGAAUUAGUGUCCAUUUACUGCAACUAAGGAUUGCAACUGUCAUAGUGUAGUUUACGUGACUAAAUGCACUUUACGAAACUAUAGCAUGAGUGUGCCGUGGCUACAGCGAAAGCCAAUGUGAUGCUAUAUGAUUCGAAGGCGAGUACUUGGAUUCCAAGUGGCCCGGGACAUGGGAUUUCUAAAGUUCAGUUGUAUCAUAAUACGUUAACUAACGCUUACCGUGUGGUUGGUUGGAGAUUACAAGAUCGCGAAGUUGUUAUUAACUGUGCCAUUGCACGUGGAUUAAAGUAUCAUCAAGCGCGACCUACCUUUCAUCAAUGGCGUGACAGUAGGCAACAAGUCUAUGGAUUAAAUUUUACGUCAGUUGAAGAAGCUGAUGCAUUUGCUGCUGCUGUAAAAUCUGCUUUGGAGAGUUUAGCAGCAUUGCAUCGUCAGCAGGCUUUACAAGCUCAACAACAACAGCAACAACCUAAACCUUCCGUUACCUCUUCUACUGCUGACAUCUCUACCGUGUCUACUAUUAAUCAAGACUUAUCUCAGCAUCAGUAUCAACAACCAAAACAACAGAUAUCAAAUCAACAAUCUUUAUCAUCAAAUCAAUUGAUAACUAAUAAUAAUAAUAGCAAUGCUAAUUGUAAUAACAGUCAGUCAUAUUCUAUUCAACCAACUACAAUAACAGUACAAAAUCGACCAAUUCUAUCUUGUGAUACAGUUGAGUCGACUGAGCAUUAUGGAGAAAAGAAUAAACCGUUACCAACAGUUAAUCAGCACUCUGAGCAGCAGUUAUCAUGUAACUAUGAUGAAACAUUUGUUAAUAAACGUGUAGAUAAUGUCGUUUUAAAUGGUAAUCAGAAUGUCUACCCGGCUGUAACUAAUAUGUGUAAAAAUAAUCCUCCUAGUCAACAAAAUACUGAAACUGCUUGUCUGAAGUCAACAGAGCAAAAUGGUGGUUUUAUGAAUGGUAAUACAGAGCAUGGUUUGAAUUCUGAUUCACCGUAUUAUUCAUCUUCAGAUGACAGUGUGAGAGGUCUUCGUGGCAUACCUAACGGAUCUUGUGGACCUCAUAUGAAUUCAACAACACCCCAGAAAAUAACAAAUGUUCCCAGUACUACUACGAAAGCCGUAAUUGGGAAUUCAGAUGAUAUUACUAGCUCCAGGUCGCUUUCACCAAAUCCAUGUGCUUCAAUUGGGGAUGCUAAGUUGAAUGAUUUAUCGCAGCAGUCAGCUGCUGCUUCUGCUCCACCACCACCGCCACCUCCUCCCCCUCCUCCUCCACCACCUCUACCACCGGCAUUAACAACUAAUAUUGCUGGAUCGAAGACUUUGCGACACACUUUGAGCACAACCAGUAAACCAGUGAAUUCACAACCAACUGCAGAUGUUUCAGAUACUAGUGAUUAUGAUAGUGUCGCUGAACCGGGCAGUUUAGAUGCCCAGCUGCGUAUGGCUAGACAACAACGUCUGCGGUCAUCUUCAGUGGCUGCAGGUCCAAGUUCAGAUUCAUCUACUUCCAAUGCUCCCCGUAUUCCUGGUGUUGAUAUGAUGACUGAUCUCCAGCGUGUUUUAGCAGCACGUCGACGAGCUAAAGAAGCUGAAGAGGAAUUGAAUACUAGUGGUGUUAAUACGCUCACAGCAACAAGUACACCAACAACAACAGCGACUGGUGCUGUUAACGCAAUGACAGCUGCUAAUAGUAAUAAUAAUAAUUACUGUAAUAAUAAUGGGCCUAACGGAGCAGGUGGAGAUAUACCUGCUACUUCACAAUCAUCAAGUAGUAUCACUUCUCCGGUUCGUUCACAUUCUGUAACAACGAAUGCAUUUCAACAUCAAAAUUCCUUAUCCAAUAGUCCAUCAAUUGUACCUGGUUAUGCUACAUUACGUAAGACUUCCAAUCCAGCUAUAGAUUCUUCAGCAUUGAAUUUCUUGUCUAAUUCUAGUUCAAGCCCUAGUAACAGUAAUACAGUGACUCGAGCUGACCUAGAAGGAUUUAAACGUGAACUGAUAUCGGAAUUCCGUCGAGAAGUUCAGCAAUUAAAGAAUGAAGUAAUCGAAGCUCUUCGUGCGGCGUCUAUUCGUAAUUGUUAACUGGAAGGAGAGUAGCAGUGAUCAGUUGUUUUGAUUGAGGAAGGUGUCUCCUUUUUGUUUAUUGGGUCUUUACUAUUGUCAUUAAUUAAAUCGUAUAACUUUUCUUGGUUAAUCAAAAACUAAAAUCGUAAAAAGCAAUAAAAAGUUUAAAAAAAAGUCCUUAUCAUUCCAUUCAUUCAUCCUCUAUGUGUCGCCAUCUCACUUUCAGUGUAAGAAUUUCAUCUUUUUUUUCUUUUGUUAUUCUUGUUGGAUGAAGACUUGUAUUAGCCGGUGGAUGGUGUGACUCUUUUCGAAAGUGUAAAAAGAGAGAUUUUAAUAAUGAAGUCCAUCUGCCCGUCCAUCUAAGUGGGUGUCUGUGUAGGUGUUUCCUUCACCAUAUUCAUCAUUCAUUUCUCCUUCACUUAAACUGCAUUUUUUAUUCAUUACACCAUCGUCAUUAUCAUCAUAAUUAAUUGUUGCUAUUAAUUAAAACUGGGUUUCAUUAUUUUUCAGAUUUUGCAAGAAAAGAAUUCUCUCUCUCUUCCUAUUUUCCCCUUUUUUUGCAAAUGUAUAACUGAGCUCCUUCCUUGCUUACUAUUCUCAAAUUUAUCUGUAAUAAAUUCAACCUACUUCCUCGCCUUCUUUUUGUCUCUUUUUUUAUGGAUUGUAAUAAAAAGUUUUGCCAGUUUGAAAUGUAGAAAAGGGUAGGAUGUGGAAACAAGAUUUCAAAGAAAACGCUGCGAAAAUAUGGCAAACACCUAAAGAAGAGAACAUAAAGAGGGUAGCAGCAGAACAUUUAACUACGGAUUUAAUUUAACAUGUUGGUUACUCGCAUGCAUACGUAUAUUAGAGGUGGGGGGGGGACGGCGACGGGGUAAAGUAGAAGAAAACAUGUGAAUUAAUUAAUUAUCUGUCUACAUUUCUAGAUUUUUGUCUUGUGUUUUUUCCAUUUACUAUUAUUAUUAUUAUUACUUUUUUGUUAUCUUGCUUUUCGUGUCUUGUUGCUUCUCUAUUUUUUGUCUCUGCUUAUGCUCAUGUUUGUAUGUAUACCCCAGUCUUCAUGUGUCUCCGUGUUUGUGUGUUUAUCAAGUACAUUCACACAUGAUUUGUUUUUUGUAAACCAUCAGAAAGAGAGAAAAAACAAGCAAUUUUCAUGUCCUAUCAUUCUUUUUAUUUGUUUACAGUAGUCUGAUAUCUUUCUUAUCACAUAUUGUGUAUGUUUGGGAUCAGUGCUGUUAUAUUAGUUGGUUUCCUGACUCUGUGUGUGUGUGUGUGUGUGUGGAUGUGUUUCAACGCAUGAAAAAUAGUCAUAGCAAUUAGGAAAACAUCGCAAAAAGGAAUAUCUUUGACUCUCUCUCUCUCUCUCUAUGAUACCGGUUUUUAUUGUCCUCCGCUCUUAUUUACUCCCUUGUUCAAGAGUGAUUAUUCCUGUUAUUAUUAUUAUUAUUUUAGUUUCAUAAGAUUACUGUGUUGCAAAUGAUAAUGUAGGCUGAUAAAUAAAUAUGUAACUCACUGUCGAUGGUGAAACAACUGACUAUUCUCUCUGAUCCAAUUUUUUCUUCUUUCUUGUCUAACUUCGUUGUUCUGCCUUCUCUCCUUAUCCUUGUUUCAAACAGCAUGCAUGAAAUUGAUUUGAAAAGAAAAGAAGCUUAGUUUAUUAUCAGUUUAGACAGUGUUGUUAGUGCACUCAUUAUUAUUUUUAUUAUUGUCAUUGAAGACUUUUAUCUGUCUGUUUCUGUUUCUUCUUUGGUUGUUUGUUCUCUCCCUAUCUUUCUCUCUCUCUCCCGCAAAAUGUAGUUUUUCUUUUAGCAGUUUUAUCAUAAAAUAGGGGAGAAAAUUAGCUUUUCCCUCUGGGUAGUCUUCUUUUCCUGUAUAUUUUUUUUCCGAAAACACCUUGGUUACUACUGCUAGUAUAUAUUGCAUUUCAUAUAUUUUUGGUUAUAUCUACUUUUUCGGUUUAGUCUGAAUAGAGACGUUUUUCUCCCGCUUCCUCUGUGUUUCCCCGUGUGUUCCGUUUUCAACUUUAAAAGUCUAUUCUUACUCUUUUGCCUAACCACUUAUCAAUUACAAUUUUAUUGAAAAAUAGGGUUGAAGUAAGGAGUUUUAAGUUAAGAAGAAAAUAAAAAUAAAUUAUUAUCUAUGUAAGCAUUACUAUUGUUGUUAUUAUUAUUAUUAUUAUCCUAUUCAAUUCAUUUUUCUUUCUUUUGUGAUACUUAUAAUUUCACUGUUUAAGGACUUUAAUGUCAUUCAAGUAUUCAUGAACUUUUGCUUUCGUUAUUCUUUGAAUAUGUUACAUUAUAAUGAUUAUAAAAUAAAGGGUCCUGAUUG